AUGGAUGAAGUCCACAACGUAACCUUUAAACAGAAGAAGCAGUUCUUUUAUUCAAAGCCAUCUCAACAGUUUACGAAUGAUUCAUCCUUCUAUACUGAGUUCCACAAAUGUAGAAACAGCUUGGAUAAAAGCCCUUUUCUUCAAGCUUGCGGUUAUGGACAGCUGGAUGUUCUUGAAAAACUACUUCAGGAAGGUAAUGAUCCUUACUCAAAGUCCUUGUGUGGCCGAACUGCAUUACAUGAAACCUGCAUAGGGGGACACAUGCCUUGUUUGAUGCUUCUGCUGGAGCUGUCCCCUAAUCUAGACGGCCAGGAUCAUGAUGGCUUCACAGCUGUCCACAUGGCUGCUCUUCAUGGUGAGGAAGAGUGUUUGAAAUGCUUGGCCUCGAAGGGUGCCAACUUGCUACUGGGUGACAAUUAUGGCCGACUUCCAAUUCACCUUGCUGUUAUGAGAAACCACUUGAACAUUGUUCAGCUGUUAUUAAGUGAUGGCAAUGCAAGCUUGGGUGCAACAUGCAAUCUUAAGAAGACACCUUUGCACUAUGCUGCACAAUAUGGAAGUGUUAACUGUUUGAAGUACAUCAUAGAGCAAGGAUUUGAGCCCUUGGUACUGGAUGGCUCAGGAUUGAACCCUGCCCAAUGUGCUGCUCGCUAUGACAAAUUGAAAUGUUUACGUUACUUGCUCAAACAUGGGAUCCAGGCAAACUGCAGAAAUAAAAAUGGCCAAACACUGGCCCACCUGGCAGGAUACCAUGGGUCAACGAAUGUACUUCACUGGCUCCUCACUCAUACUACUGUUAGUGCUGCUGCUGAUAAAAAUGCUGCUACUGAUAAAAAUGCUGCUACUGCUACUGCUGCUGCUGCUGCUCCAAAUACUCAAGAUGGGAGUGGAAACACAGUGGGGCACCUAGCUGCAAAGAGAGGCAAAGCAGAAUGCUUCAGCUGUUAUUUGAACUAUGGAGGAAACCUAAAAAUCACCAACACAAUGAAUGAUACCCCUAUGGACCUUGCCAAAAGAUCUGGACAUUUAGGGAUCAUGCAGAAAGCUGUCAACAAAGAAAUUAUGUGCCCAGUUUGUGAGAAAGAGUCGCAGCAAGGUGACUCUCGUCGUCUUUCAGGGGAUUCCUCAGAAAACCUGUUUCCCACACAACAGAUCCAGAGGCACAGGCUAAGUUUACCCUUGCCACUACCUAAAGGGUUAGUAUGA